AUGGCGACAUGGAAGGACCUCUUCUCGGCGCAGCCCGUGCUGGAAGUGGCCGACCUUACCUUGGUUGACUUGGACGACGAGAAGAUGAACAGAGCGGUGGUGAGAAAGCAAGAUAUGCACCUCCUCCCGUGGAUGUGCAUCACCUAUCUCCUGAACUACUUGAACCGGGUCAGCCUGGGCAACGCGCGCACUCUAAACGACGACAACAUCCAAGACAACAUCAUGCAGCACCUCGACCUCACGGGCCAGCGCUACAGCGUCGCCAUCGCCGUCUUCUUCGUCCCCUACGUCCUGAUGGAGUUCCCGGGGAACGUGCUGAUGCGCCACUUCUCGCCCAGCCGGUGGAUCUCCCGCAUCGUCACCUCGGUCGGCUUCGUCACCAUCUGCACGGCCAGCGCCACCACGUACCGGCGGCUGCUCGUGGCGCGCUUCUUCCUGGGCAUGGCCGAGGCCGGCUUCUCCUCGGGCGUCAUGAUGCACCUCUGCUUCUGGUACAAGCCCGAGGAGCGCGCCGGCCGCAUGGCCAUCUUCGCCUCCAGCGUCGCCCUCGCCUGCGCCUUCGGCGGCCUGCUGGCGUCGGCCAUCUCGUUCCUCAACGGUGUCGCCGGGCUCGCCGGCUGGCAGUGGCUCUUCAUCCUCGAGGGCGCCCCGGGCAUGCUGGUCGGCAUGCUGGUCUGGUUCCUGCUGCCGGACUACCCGCAGACGGCGCGCUGGCUCACGCCCUACGAGCGCGCCUUCGCCAUCAAGCGCCUCGGCGCCUACGCGCCCACCAUGCACGACGACUGCUGGAACUGGAAGACGGUCAAGCAAACGGUGCGGGAUCCCGUGUUUUGGCUGUUCGCCGUCCAGUACUUCCUCAUGACCAACUCGCUCAACGCGUUCGGCUACUUCACGCCUACCAUCAUCUCGUCGAUGGGGUUCGCGGGCUACAACGGGCAGCUCCUGACGGUGCCCCCGAAUAUUUUCGCCUUGCUGGUCAUUGUGAGCAACUGCCUGCAUAGCGACAAGACGAGAGAACGGUCGCGGCAUAUCAUCGCCGCAUUGGUGUUUGUGGCGGCGGGCUACCUGGUGCUGGCGCUGGUGCCGAACUGGGGGGUUCGGUAUGCAGCCGUGUUCGUGAUAGCGUGUACGAACGCGGCGGUUUUGCCAUUUAUUGCGCACCGAACAGCAACAGUGACGGGGUCGAUGGCGACUGCGGUGGCCACGGGAGGCAUGGUAGCCAUCUCCAACUGCGCGGGGCUUUCCGCCCCGUUUCUCUUCCCCGGCCGCACGGCACCCAUGUUCUCCAUGGGCAACUGGACCAUCUUUGCGUUUCUCAUGUUGUCGGUGUUGAUGAGCCUAUACGCGUGGCACAUGUUGGGCAGCCAUAGCGGGUACAGAACAGAGGGGGCCAACACGGUGGCGCGGUCACGCGGUGAGGUUGAGAAGGUGGGCGACAGUCUUGACAUGGAGUCUGCACCGGCGACGCCUUCGAUUGGGUCGGAGGAAACCAGGAUUGUGGAAGUGAAGACCUUGGAGGAUCUUGAAAAAAGGGACAAGGUGCGAGAGAAAGUGAGGGAGAUUUGA